GCAAUUUCGGCUUGGCUGCAUUGUAACGCAUCGAAUUAGCCCAUCGACACAUAGCACGCGAAUAUAACAACAUCCGCUUAUAAACAACCAUGCCAAUUAGCCAUGGCGGAUGAAGGAAUUCGGGCCAGGCAGAAUCAGCGCAAGGAUAGUAAACUCUUCCACGACACUACCGGUGGUGAAGGAGCGUUUAAGAAAUUGCGCACCGUCGGCAACGGACUAUCCCCGACCUCAUCCGUAUCCUCACUAACGUCGGCAGCGGCCGCGGCCGGUGCCAUGACCCCGGCACGCCGUCGUCACCGGACGACCUUUACGCAAGAGCAACUGUUGGAGCUGGAGAAUGCCUUUGCCAAGAGCCAUUAUCCGGACAUCUAUUGUCGAGAGGAGUUGGCGCGGAUUACGAAAUUGAACGAGGCGCGAAUUCAGGUAUGGUUCCAGAAUCGUCGGGCCAAAUACCGCAAACAAGAGAAACAAAUGCAGAAGACCCUGAGCGUGGCCAGCAACAUGGUAUGCCCCACCAGCAACCCCAUGCGCAACUUCUACGCCGCCGCCAACGUGGCCGCCGCCCGCGCCAACCCCUACGCGCCCUACCAGCACCCGCACAGCAGCGCCCCUAUGGGCCGCUUCGCCUCGGUCCCCUCACCGCAGUCGGUGUACAACGCGGCGGCGGCCAGCAGUGGACAGUUUAGCAGUAUGCCCAACAACACUGCCGGCCUGACCAAUAUGGGCAUGAUGCGCUCCUCGGACGGCGGCACGGAGGCCGACGAUGCCGGACUGGAUUGGUACAACAAGAGCCUGUCGGCGCUGCGCUUCAACCACAUGAACCCGCAGAAUCACAUCAACCAGACCACGCCGUUCCCGCAGUCGCUCAUGCAGUAUGCCGAUGUGAAGACGUCGAGCUGUUUACAUCCGGGACUGAAUGGAUUGUGACGCCGGGUGCAGUAUGAACCCCAAGCGGGGUGGUGGCAAUAAAAUGGAGCAUCGAUCCGAUGCGAAAGGAUCGGUGGUGUGUGCAAAAUGCUCUGUGUCAUAUGCUUUGGCCAUGUUAACUGCUUUCGCUCGUUUACGUUAUCACGCUCUAAAUAUUCCUACAACAGCAAUAUGUUUGCAUUUUCUCGUACAUGUGGUGAUUAACAAAAUUAAUUUGGUUCGUCGAAA